GUUAAAUCCCAAGUAAUGGUUUAUUUGGGCCUUCUCCUAAUCUUACCGGCGGUUUCCUACUGCUUUAACCCGCUGAAAUUGCGGAAACUUGACAUUACAGUUAGAUCACUAAAUUCCUGUGCGGAAUACAACGAACAAUUUUUAGAUAACGUUUUUUACUCAUAUUUUAAGCCUUUGCCGGGUGUUGUGAUAACUUCAGUAAAUGAAGGUGAACAUAACAUUUGGAACAGGACCUCUCCGGUGGAAUUUUGUAAAUAUGCCCUCGUGGCUUAUAAACAUAAAACGCCUUAUCUCUUGUAUAUAUUGAGGGAUAACCCGGAAUUCACCAUUGAUAAUUAUUAUAUAAAAUAUGAGACUGGCUGGGAUCCGAUUGACGGUUCAACUUACAAACAACUGAUUAAUCAGUUGGAAAAGGUGCGUCAGUCACACUGUGUCACACUAUUUCUUGAUAAUAACUCAACAUUGACGACUUACGCCACGGUCCACGAGUAUAAUAAUAAGUAUAGAGUACAAUUUGUAGCGCCAAAAUAUGGUUAUUUAGCUUGGCGAGUGCAUCUUAACGGUACAAUUUGGUCAUCUAAGGAUAAUGAGAGUCGCUGUGCAGCUGUUUGGGGGUAUCGUCUGGAUGGUUUUAACAUUUCAUAUGUUAAGUUAUUGAUUAAACAUUCUGAUGGUGGGUCUGAGCUAUUGGAAUUUUAUCAGAAGAACAGGCGUUGGGAUCGACCAGUUGAGUCUGGUCGUUUCGCAGGAAUACUUGGAAUUCAGCAUCCAGACAGUUUUCUGCAUCCUGAAUAUGAUUUUUUCGAUAAAAUUGGUCUAAUUCACUUCCCACCGUUCAGACCUCAAAAGAUUGGAACCCAGAUUGUUUCAAGUAAUACUGACCCCAGUUUACUGUAUAUUGACAUGUCCAUUACCAAUGAGUAUGUGUUUACACAGAAAGGACAUUUGGACGGUGUGUACUACCAGGUGUUUAAACCGAAAGGUGAUGCGAUGGUAUAUAGGGUCCGGGAAUCAUUUUUAAAGGUUUGGAACCCAUACCGUGAUGAAAAUUUAAAACUGGCCAUCGUAGCCUAUGAACGUAACAUACCAAUCCUAAUGUACACCAUCAUCAGCAUCGGCAAUACCAUUAACAGCUUUUAUUUCCGUAAAAAGAUCUUACGGACACACAGUUCCGAUUCUCACAGCAGUCCUAAUAGUACCAACACUAGCAUCAAUAGUAGUAUUAAUAGUAGUGGUAACACUAUUAUCAGUAGUAGUGGUAACGCUAGCAUCAAUGGUAGUGUUGGUGAUGGUGUGGAUUUGAGGGAUGAGGAUUAUAUAAAUAAUUCAUGUUGGAUAAGAACGACGUUGACAUAUUAUAAGGAGAAGAUAGAGCAGUUGAGUGCAUUAUCGUAUGAGAAGGUGGAGGAGGUAAAAUUGGACAUAUAUUUACCUUCGGCUAGUGGUAAAUUUUACUACAUACCAGCUCAGGGAUACUCCUACUAUGCGCCAAAACCUUCAUAUAAAAUUACCAAGGUUAUGAACCAGCUGGAGGUCAUUUGGGCUUCCAAGGAUAAUGAACGGGUUAUUGCCGCAUAUGUUUAUGAUAAUGGCUCACCGUACCUUGUUAAACUUGUCGUCGCCGACAACACUCAAAAUUCAAAAGUUCUUGUAUAUUAUUUGUUUAAUGGUAAAUUCAAUAUCGUCAAGUCUGUCAUACCCUCAAAUCUCCACAAAUCCCUCAACAUCAACCAAACCAAUAACAUAACCAGCUUUAAUUCCACUGCAAAUGGAAAUACAAGUGAUAGUAGUGUAAAUAAUACAAGUGAUAGUAAUGUAAAUAAUUCUGUAAAUACCGCAAAUGCCAGUUCAAAUAUUACAAACAAUAUUACAAACAAUAUUACAAACAAUAGUGUAAAUGAUACUGUAAAUGAUUCUGUAAAUGAUACUGUAAAAAAUAGUCUAAAUGAUAGUGUAAACAGUAGUGUAAACAGUAGUGUAAAAAAAUAUAAAUUAAUAAUAAAUGGGCAGGUGAGAGAGGUGUUGAAGGAGCACUAUGAGCAGGUGAUUAGAGGUUUAGAGGACUUUUAUUAUCCGCAGUAUAAUUUCUCACCCAAAGUUACCGAGUUCCCACUCUCGUAUCCCCUAGAUACCUACAAAACACUCUACGACUUCUCAUACUAUAAAUCGCUCUCCAAACAUGACACCAGUACUGGUAAUACUAGCAGUGGUAACACCAACAACACUCUAAACAUUGCCAAUACUCUAAAUAGUAGCACUAGUAGUGGUAACACUCUAAGUAGUAAUAGUAGUGAUAACACUAUUAUCAGUAGUGGUAGAAAUGGUUUGAUUGAUGAGUUUAUGGAGGGUUUUGUGGUGCCGUAUUAUGGUAUGUACGACUGUAUGUCGUUGGAUAUAUUUAACCCGGAUAAGAGGUUUGUGGAGAUCACAACGGGCACGCUCGACCGUAGAGUUAAGGUCAAGUUCAUACAGCCAAUGCCUGGAAAGUACUUUAACGGGAUAACGGAAAGAGGAGUUAAGAUGUACGCGAGGAUGAGUAAUACUGAAGCCUCGGUGGGAGUUCACCUGUACUCAAGCGACGGCGUAUACGUGCUGGCAGACGUGAUGCUGGCCUCGUCAAGACCAGCGUCAAUACAUCUCAAGAAAGUCAACGGCAUGUGGAAGUACAUUAGAAAACAAGAAUUCACACAAUUAUUACAACAAAUCAAAUCUGUACACUAAUAUAAUACUAUUGUA